UACCGCUCCUACAGGUCCUGGCCCCCUUGGAAGGCCGCAGGCGGCCCUACCUCGGCGGCCCCUCGGACAGAAGGGCGCGCGAGGAUGAAGCGGGGCCGGAGGUGGCCAUCGCGUUGCCGCUCGAACACGACCGAGGCGCGCCGGCGGAAGCGGCAGAGAUAUGAGGACCGGAGGGGCCCGUCUCUCGCAUCAGCGCCGCCAUUUGUUUCUGCGGGUGCGCCCUCCUGCCUUCGUUCUCCCCGCAAUCGCGGCGCCAAGGCCCCGGGAGCCUUGUUGCCGAAAGGGUGGGGCCGGUGGCGCGCGCGGCCGGCGAGACUCGCCCGGCGCCCUGUUUCCCAGGUGGGCCCGCGCGCGGUUUCCAGGCAGGGCCCCCUUUACUCUGGGUGGAGGGACCCAGGCCGGCCGGUCUUCCUGCCCGCCCCGCGCGCCGGCCCGCCUUCUUACCUUGGCGGCCCGGCGCCCCAAUGAAUGGGCUCGGCCAGCCAAAGCAACGCCGGCCCGCCACAAAUCGGCCCCAGGCAGCCCCGCGCCGACCGCUUUUUUCUUGGCUGGGGCGAGGGCCGGGGGUGCGCGGUUGGUUCGUUGCCUCUCCUUUUCGUUGUCAGUCUACGCCUUAGUACCGGCGGCGGGCUUGUUGCGUGCCGCAAACUUCGGUGACGGACUAGCAAGGCUCGCUGCGACGGCCUUUCGCCCUCGUGGUCCGCGGUUGCGCAAAUUUGCUACACGCUAUUUCGGGCGUUUCCCUAUCGCAAUCGCUCUUGUUGAGAUUCGAACCCAAAUUGUCAUUGGAUGUGUUUUAUCCUGCUUUCUGUCGUUAUUCAAACUGAGAGCUCUCUAGAUCUACGAAAAUGAAAU